UCCUGCGGGCUGGCCGAGACGGACUGGCCGCCCUCGCAGCAGGAUGUGCUGAAGCGGAGAGACAGGGCCGUCAGAGUGCAGCAGGCCGGCAUGCGGUGGACUCGGCUGGCGGAGUGAAUUUGAUUUCCAUCUGUCGCGGAAGAGCGGUUGUCGCAGGGAGAUACCGUGGGGAAAUGAGUAACAGUAUGGCGGGUUCGGCGGGACCAGGCGUCAGGGUAAAUGGACCCGUCUCGGCUCCCAGCAGCCCGGUGAGGUCCCCCAUGGACCAACCUCUGUCUCCAGAAGAGCUGGAAGAAGAGCAGCAGUCGUCACUGACAGACGUCACCCAAAUGUGGAUUAAAUUUGCCAAGACUUUCGCCAUCAUAUUCCCGAUCUAUGUCUUAGGAUACUUUGAGUUCAGCUUUAGCUGGGUUCUGAUUGGACUCGCCAUGUUAUUCUACUGGAGGAGAAACCAUGGCAGCAAGGACUACAGGAUAAACCGUGCCUUAGCAUUCCUGGAACAUGAGGAGAAAUCAGUGAGGCAAAGCUUGCCUACUACGGAGCUGCCACCAUGGGUCCAUUAUCCAGAUGUGGAGAGAGUGGAGUGGCUGAAUAAGACAGUGAAGCAGAUGUGGCCGUUCAUCUGCCAGUUUGUGGACAAGCUGUUCAGAGAGACCAUCGAGCCGGCGGUGAAGGGCGCCAACCCUCAUCUCAGCUCCUUCUGCUUCACCAAGAUCGACAUGGGCGACAAGCCGCUGAGAGUGAACGGGGUGAAAGUUUACACAGAGAAUGUGGACAAGAGGCAGGUCAUCAUGGACCUGCAAAUCAGUUUUGUCGGGAAUACAGAGAUUGACGUGGACAUCAAGAAAUACUAUUGCAGAGCUGGAAUCAAAAGUAUACAGCUUCAUGGAGUGAUGAGAGUGGUGAUGGAGCCGCUGCUGGGGGACAUGCCUCUGAUCGGUGCCCUGUCUGUCUUUUUCCUCAAGAAACCAUUGCUGGACAUCAAUUGGACAGGACUCACAAACAUGCUGGACAUUCCCGGUGUCAAUGGUUUGUGUGACAACAUCAUCCAGGACAUCAUCUACAGCUACCUGGUCCUGCCCAACUGCAUCAAAAUCCCUCUGGUGGGAGAGGCCCAGCUUGCCCGGCUACGCUUCCCCAUGCCCAAGGGCGUCCUGAGAAUACACUUCAUCGAGGCCCAGGACGUGCUGGGCAAAGACAAGUUCCUGGGAGGGCUGAUCAAGGGCAAGUCAGACCCGUAUGGGGUCAUCCAGGUAGGGACCCAACUCUUCCAGAGCAAAGUCAUCCACGAGACCGUCAACCCAAAGUGGAACGAAGUGUACGAGGCCUUGGUGUACGAUCACUCGGGGCAGAAUGUGGGGAUUGAGCUGUUUGACGAAGACACUGAUAAAGACGACUUUCUGGGAAGCCUGAUGAUCGACCUGGCCGAGCUCCAGAAGGAACAGAGGGUCGAUGAGUGGUUUGUUUUGGACGAUGUGGCCACAGGGAAGCUGCACCUCAGACUGGAGUGGUUAUCUCUGCUGCCCACACCCGAGAGGCUGGACCAGGCGAUGAUGAGCAUCAAAGCCGUUCGGGGUCAAGCCAACGACGGCCUGUCGUCUGCGCUGCUCGUCGUCUUCCUGGAUUCAGCCAGAAACCUGCCGAGCGUCUUCGAGGGGAACUUGGGCUCUGGCUACUUAAAAGAGAGGCGGGCGGCGGGCCUCGUGUUUUGCGAGAACACUGCCUCUCUCUAUAGGACCUUAUUUCGCAAUCCGUUAGAGUUCAACCAAGCGGGGCUGAAGAAGGCCUCGGUCAGUAAGGCCCUCAAGUCCGGUAAAAAAGUGACCAGUGAUCCCAGUCCGUUUGUCCAGUUCACAGUGGGACACAAGUCCUUUGAGAGCAAGACCAGGUAUAAGACCAAUGAACCAGUGUGGGAGGAAGCCUUCACCUUCCUCAUCCACAACCCCAAAACCCAAGAGUUGGAGGUUGAGGUGAAGGAUGAGAAACAUGAUUGUUCGCUGGGGGUGUUAACGCUGCCUCUGAAUAGCCUGCUGGAAGCAGAAGACAUGACGCUGAACCAGCGCUUCCCCCUCAAGAACUCCGGACCGAGCUGCACCGUCAAGAUGAAGAUGGCUCUGCGGGUGUUGUGCCUGGAUAAGGACGCUUCCUCGUCCCCAAACUCCACCCCGUCCUCGGUGCAGGUCCGCAAGGCCGACUCCUCCAACUCGACCCCGCGGCCCUCUGUCUCCUCAGACUCCCCCAAGUCUCCCUCCUACACCUCCGACAUCCCCAGCUCUGCCUCUGUGUCAGGCCAGGACCUGCUGAACCGGCGGAGGGACGCAGAGGAGCCCGUUAGGUCUCCUGGAAGCGCGGACUUGGGGCCGGGCGCGGGAGGAGGAGGAGGAGGAGGAGGAGGCCAGAGCCUGGCGGAGACCGGGAGGAGCACCUCCAACGUGGCCAUCUCGGGCUCCCAGCAGUACCUGGCCGGAGGCAAGGAGCCGACGCCCAGCAUCGCGUCCGACAUCUCCCACCCCUACGCUACUCAGGAGCUGCAGCAGAGGCUCCAGCAGCUGCAAAAUGGCUCAGGCCCCAGUUAUUUCCCGCUGGGGGAGAUCCAGCUGACGGUCAGACACAGCUCGCAGAGGAACAAACUCAUCGUAGUCGUUCACGGCUGCAGGAACCUGAUAGCGUUCACUGAUCAGGGGUCAGAUCCUUACGUCCGCCUCUACCUGCUUCCUGACAAACGGAGGUCGGGCAGGAGGAAAACUCACACUUUCAAGAAAACCCUCAACCCCGUUUACGAUCAGACGUUUGAGUUCAGCGUUUCCCUCGUGGAGCUCCACAGACGGACUCUGGAUGUCGCUGUGAAGAACGGUGGAGGUCUGCUCUCCAAACACAAAGGCCUUCUGGGAAAGGUUCUGGUGGAUUUGACUCACGAGGACAUCACCAAGGGUUGGACACAAUGGUAUGAGCUGAGUGAAGAUGGCCUGACGAAGCCUCACCAGCUAUAGACGGCGGCAAGAAAGUCUUCAUCGCCGUCUUUGCUGUCAUCAUCAUAUCGCCACACUUCCACAUUAUACACUUCCACGUAACUCUAUACAGUAUGACAUGUUUGUUUUUUUUUUCCUUAUUUUGUUAUUUUCAUCGCUUGUAACUGUUCAAAAGAGAAAAAAAGGAACCAGAUAAGCAGCUUUUUGACGUUCAUUUAAUCACAUCAGUCGCAAGGCAAACCUCCCCUUUAAGAAGUGAGUGAGAGUGAUCGGCUAAAGGGAGCAUAUACAACACGUAGAAGACUAUAUAUGACAUAAUAUACUGCUAUGGAAGUCUGUAUUCCACUUUCAUAAGAAGAAACUAUAACAAUCUAUUUUAUUUUUUGCGGUUUCGGCAUUUUCCUUCCUGGAGUUUCUGUAAAGAACGAUGAUGUACAAGUUUGUAAAUAAUCUACAGUGAUGCUGGACAAAACCGGUGUAUUCUAGAGAUGAGAGAGAGAGGUGUGUGUGUGUGGUCUCCUACUUGGCCAAAUGAUUGUUUGUAAUUUUAUCUUACUUGAUUUUUUUUUUUUUUCUUUCUUUUUUUAAAUAAAAAAAAAUAUUCUGGAGAGAGUUUCUGAAGAGACGCAGGCGGGGCGGUCGGUCGCAGGCAAAGACGUCACCAAAGAGAAGAGAAGUAUUUUAUUUUUUCAGCCCUCGUGGGUUUUCGGUAACGCAGCUGUACGCUGGCUUUAUUCCACUUUAAUGUGCUCAUUAACCGCGUGAUAAGAACUGUAAGUACACAAAUAUGUUAAAUAUGAUGCGAGUACCAAGUUUGUCUUUUCCAUCUGUUAAUAUACCUGCUGUUACAGUGAAAAAGGGCCCAUGUAGACGGUCACCUGAUUGUUUUUUUGUUUUUUUAACUCAAUG